UCCCUCCUCCUGCAGCUGGUCCAGAACCAGGUCCACCUCUAUAAUUUUCUACUCCUCAAGAUCAUCCUCUUCAACCACUGGAUGUCAAGGCUGGUCCAGGAGGCCCAGGGGUCGUGCGGCCAGCAGGCCCUCCCACUGCCUGGGCUCACAGCCUGCCCAGUGGGCUUGGUUCUACGGGUUGGGCUGGCACUGAUGGAGGUCCCUGUGUGGCUGCUGCUGAGGGUGCCCAGGCUAGUGUGGGCAGGCAUGCUGGGCUGUGUCCGGUCCUUGUGCCUGGACCAGAAGUGGCCAGAUGCCUCGGAGCAGCUGGGCCUGUCUGUGGCCACCUGGAUGGACCUUCUUCUGUCGUGCCUGCAUAGCCUGAUGCUGGCGGCCUUGCUGCUGCUGCUGCUGACCUGGAGGCUGCUGUGGAAGGCCCACUGCUGCAGCCUGGGCUGGCUGUCCAGCAAGGCUCUGCUGGAGAACCACAUGGUGCUGGAGCUACUGGAACUGCUGAAGCAUCUGUACUGGUGGGUGGAGAGCAUGAUAGUAGUUACCUCCUGGCAACUGGCCUAUCUAGUCACUUGGACCACCUGCCUUGCUUCCCACCUGCUGCAGGCUGCCUUUGAGCACACAGCCCAGCUGGCCCAGGCCCAGGAGGCUGAGCCCCAAGAAGCGUCCCCAUUCUUCGAGUCCUUGGCUCUCAAGGCUGGGCCAGUCCUGCCAGAGCAUGAAACCCUUGGAGAAUAA